CUCGCGCCUCACUUGUUUGCGCCAAUGGAGCUGAGCUGCGGCCGGCCCGCGGCAGCGCUGCCCGGGAUGGAGGCCGAGAGCCCGGGCGAGGACUACGAAAGCCUGCCCACCGGCGCCUCCCUCUCCACGCACAUGACGGCCGGGGCGGUGGCCGGCAUCCUGGAGCACACGGUCAUGUACCCUGUGGACUCGGUCAAGACCCGAAUGCAGAGUUUGCAGCCAGAUCCCAAAGCCCAGUACAAGAGCGUGUAUCAGGCCCUGAAGAAGAUUAUUCACACUGAAGGCUUCUGGAGGCCUCUACGAGGAAUUAACGUCACCAUGCUGGGGGCUGGCCCUGCCCAUGCAAUGUAUUUUGCCUGCUAUGAAAAAAUGAAAAGGACUUUAAGUGACAUUAUUCACCAUGGAGGAAAUAGCCAUCUGGCCAAUGGGAUAGCCGGGAGCAUGGCCACAUUGCUCCAUGAUGCAGUAAUGAAUCCGGCUGAAGUGGUGAAGCAGCGGAUGCAGAUGUACAACUCCCCCUACAAAACAGUCUUGGAGUGCAUACGAACAGUGCAUAGGACUGAAGGACUGGGUGCCUUCUACAGGAGUUAUACCACGCAACUCACCAUGAACGUCCCCUUCCAAGCCAUUCACUUCAUCACGUACGAGUUCAUGCAGGAGCAAAUCAACCCGCGCCGGGAAUACAACCCCCGCUCGCACAUCCUCUCUGGUGCCAUCGCGGGAGCAGUGGCUGCCGCUGCCACCACACCCCUUGACGUCUGCAAGACGUUGCUCAACACUCAAGAAAACAUGGCCUUGAGUUCGGUGAACAUCAGUGGGCACCUCUCAGGAAUGGCCAAUGCUUUCAGGACAGUUUAUCAGCUGGGCGGUAUCCCCGGGUAUUUCCGAGGGGUGCAGGCUCGUGUCAUUUACCAGAUGCCUUCAACUGCCAUCGCGUGGUCAGUGUAUGAAUUCUUUAAGUACUUCCUCACGAAGCACAAGCUGGAAAAAAGAGCUCCUUAUUGAAAGACGUGACUAGAGCGAGCCUAAGGUUCAGAUGACAUUUGUAUAAACUCUGAGGGAUUCGCGCGUGUUGUGAAACAUGCAAGAUUUCUUGUGGAUUCACAAUUGAAUUUCACUUUUUUGUCGUUGGGGGCGAGGGGAAUUAAGUGGUCAUUGGAGAAAUUUGGCACCCUCUUUGCUAGAAUCUGAAGACUUUUUUUAAUAUAUUUAUAGCUUUGGAGAAGUGAAAUUACUAACUGAUAUUUUUUUCCCUCUGGAUAAGCUCUAAGAUGUAGUGUUACCACUUCACCAGAAAACUUAGACUGCACGGGGGGGUGGGGAGGGGAAAAUGGUAUUGAGAUAUUCUACAGCAAAGAAAUUUAAAUAUCCUGUCACUGAACAAACUUUUAUAUAUGACAUAAUAUAAAAUAGAUGGAUAAUGUUUAUCCUUUAUUUUUCUAUGUAGGAAUUUUGUUUUAAUACUAUUACAGCUGGAAGUUGAGCUGUUUUUAUAAAAAAAAGAAAAAAAAAAAGGCUGAAUUCUUCCAUCAUGACAUGUAAGAACCAAAGCAUUUUUUUUUAUAGCCAGAAUGGCUUUAAUCUUAGCAUUUAACCCAAAACAGUGGCCAGGAUUUUCAUUUGUACGUAGGUAAGCUGCCUCCAGUUUUAUGGCAUCCACUUGACACCUUAAAGGGGCCCGACUUUUAGAAAGUGCUGAGCAUAUGCUCUCUGAAAAUGGUCUGUUUAAGGGGUCUCAAGUUGGGCAGUGAAAAUCACUGGUUGCUCUUGAAAAAUCUUAGUUUAAUUGUUAUUCCCAUAGCUGACUUAUGAUUGUACUUGAAAGAUGAGCAUUUUUGGCAAAUUUAUUUUAAAGGUACAUUUUGUGGCGUUUUAAUAGAGAAUAGGUUUCAUUACUCUUAUUUAUUCAUAAUCUUAUUUUCCACUAACGCCUCGCUCCUGCUUACACAUGAGUAACUGUGCAGGACUUGUGCUCGCUUACAUGCAAAACGUUACUCUUGUGCAUAAAAGUGUGCAGGAGCAGAGUAUCAGUUUACAGUUCUGUAAGACAACUCCUCUUGAAUUGUAAGAGUUGCAUACUGACCACAAGGAAACUGUCAAUCACAGUGCAAAAUAAGCCCUUGGAAAGUGAAACCUUAAACAGGAGAACACCAGAAUCAAAACCUUUUUGUAAAGCAAAGCCAACAAACAGCAGCUGUUCGUUGUCUGAUUGGUAUGUAUAAAUGAAGUGUCCUAAAACCUAAAGUUGAGUGGAUUUUAGUCCUUUGGGGACUUUGUUUGCUGCUAUGAAAUCCUAUGCUUUAUUUCGUGCUUCUGUAGAAAAGAACUCCGUGCAUUAAAAAAAGCACAUCUGACCGUCAGUUUUUUUUGUUUUUUUUUUGCAAGCUAGGUUUGUGGAUGGCCCCGUUUAGCCUCUAUAUCUCAUCUUCUUACAAUGUGAUGUUGAAUCCAAUGUUAACCAAGUAUAGAUCCUGCGCUUGAGGCUAAGAAAACUAUUGACUGCUCUCCCCAAAUUAAACUGACCACUGUUGCAAAUAUAGGGUCUGAAUUUUAAAUGUCUAAUAUUUGGUCCUAGUUAUCUAAUUUAGGUGCAGUAAUAUUGUAGAAGAUGAACAGUUUUUGCUGGUCUAAAGAGCAAAAGCUGAACUUGUUGCUGAACUACAGAUGCAGAAUUUAUUAACUAAUAGCCAGUUGGCUACCUAGUUGGGACUAGGUAACGUUACAAUCAACGAAAAACCUAGCAGGAUUUUUCUGGUUUUAGAAAUGUAACUGAAUAGUAACAACCCCUCCCCCCCCUUUGAAGGGACAUCAGUGUGAAAAGGUUGAUUGUACCUGUAAACUGACCACCUACUAGUGAAACAACAAACAUUUAAACAUUCCUAAAACUGAUACUGCAGCAGACGGUAUUUCUGUAUUGGCUUGUUUUUUUCCAUUUGACAACUUUGUACAAGAUCAUUUUUGCUGUUUCUCCUGUAUUUUUUUUUUUUUUUUGGUAUGGGUUUUUCACAUAGCAAUGUAGAAGAACCCUUUUUAAAGGAAAAUUAUGAUCCAAAAGCUGGCUGAGGGCCUGGGAGAACAUAUAGGACCUGAAGCUACUUUUUCAAGUUGACUAGAUUUGAAGUUGGCAUUCCUCUAACCCCAAAUUAAGCUUUGAUUGUGUACCUUGUACCAAUGACUUACAUUUUUCUGCUCACCUGAAUGAGGUGAAAAAGCUUUACCAUGUCUAACAUUUGCAUUUAAUUUUUUAACAUGGAGUUUUUCAUUUAAAGUACAGCUUAGUCUGUAUCUAUUUAAUAACGAAAAAUCACCAUCAAAUUGGGGGAUUUCACUAAGGCCUGAGUGAGACCAACUGGCAGGGUCCUUCGCUGUAUGGUGGCUUUCAUGUGAUCUUACUCUGGCAUUACACUAAGUUUGGCAAAUAUUGGUUGACCAAUAUUUAUUUGGGGAAGGUAAAUUACUACAGGAAAUACUUCUCUGGUGAAUGUACAUGCAACCUGUAUAAAUUAUUCUUUACAAAUAAUAAGGAAUUAUGAAACAUUCUUUUCAUGUCUAUUGCUAUCCCUUAUAUUCAAUUAACCUUUCCUUUUUCUUUUCUUUUUUUUUGACAAGCUUAGUUUUUAUUUAGCUUUUCAAAGUGCAGAUUUGUAACCUCAGCCUAUUGUAAGCAUCGUAUUGACACUAGAAAGCAUUCAUGCUCAUCUUUGUACCAUGAGCUUGGUGUGAAAGCAGAUGCAAGCGUGGCAGGGUUUUUAGCCUAAGGUUUUCAAAGGAUUUGGAAGCCUGUUUAGAUGACUUUGAAAAAAAAUCUCAUCCCUAACUUUUAAUGAAAAGUGAAUGGAGCUGGGGACAUGCUCAGUGUAUGGAAGAAUCUUGUUAAGAAUAUGCUGAAUACAAAUCAAGUAUGGGUUGGACACAAAUCAGCCAAAAUACAGGUGAGGUAAACUUUCUGAAAGGUAGGCCUCAGUCUUCUGUGAAGGCUUUUAAGCUUGGUUAGAUCAGACUUCAAUGAGAAGACUUUUUGUCUGCAUUAAUUUUUGAUAGGUGACCGUUUAAUGGGCAAGCAACAUUCAAGAAGUAUUCCUCAGUUCUUAGCACUUGAAAGUAAUUGGUGAAUGUGUGUGGUAUUUAGAAACUAGUAAACGUUUAGAUUGCAGUAUUUCAAUGAUGGUAUAAUAACAAGUAAACUCUCCAUAU